AUGCAAUCACAAACACUUAGUAACAGCAUCUAAAAAAGAACAGCUAGUUUGGUGACAGGACAAGUGAUCAAGGUUAGUGGCAACCCCCUAGAUUUUUCUUUCCUUAAGUUGCAAAACAUCGAAAGCUUGAAAAAGGAAGAACCCAGGUCUGGCAAAAGAAAACCCAUUGAAGAAAGUGAAGACGAAGAAGAUCAAAAGAAGAAUGAAAACUUAUUGAACCCCCAGCUUGACGCAGAGAAGCAAGAUCAAGAUAAAUAGAUGAAUCAGCAAAAGGAAACUAGUAUAAAAGCUAACAUGGCUUAAUAAAUCAACUCUCUUCUCGCAAAUAAUAACAUCUCCCUUCAAGCCAAUAAAAAUCAAAUGCUCGGACGUAAGAACGAAGACACUAAAGUAGAAGCAAAAAGAAAGAAGUUAGUGAAUGUUCAGUGCACUUCAAUAUUCCUAAACAACAAUGAAAUCAGAACAGUUAUGGGACUCAGAUCUAUCCUUGAUUCUGUCAUGUGGGAGCCAAGCAGACUUGAAUGGCUUGAUCUUUCAUACAAUUUUCUUGAGAAAAUAGAAAUCGAAAUUCUUGAAUUUCCAAAUCUCAAAACUGUUUAUUUGCAUGGAAACUACAUUUCAAAUCUAGAAGAAGCAAAAAAACUCUAAGACUUGCCAUAUCUACAAACCCUGACAUUGUAUGGAAACUUUAUAGAGCAGAUUAAAGGUUACAGAUUAUAUAUUCUUGGUAUGAUGUAUGAAAAAUAUGAAACUCUUAAGAAACUAGACUCAGUACUUAUAACCAGAAAAGAGUUUGACAAUGUAAUAGUCUGGAAUGAGAGACUAUAUGCUACUAAAAGAUAGAAGCUUAGAAAGCUAAAGCCUGAGAAUGUUAAAGCACCUCCUGAAAAGAAAGAAGACGAAUCCAAGACUGGUUAGAAUGCAUAAUAAUAGUGA